AUGAAUUAUUCUAUUACAGACACGAAACUUUAAUUAUAUAGAAGCUUAAACUAAAUUUACAGAGUUAAAUAUCUCUUCCAAAAAAUUGAAAUGGAAAAAAUUAACUUUCUAUUUCCAACAUAUAACUGUUUACAAAAUUUUACAAAUCUAGAUGACUAUGCAUAUUAGUAUUCGUUCUGCUAUGGAGAAUUUGGAUUGGCAACCGCUGAAUCCAAUUCUAUUGAAUCCUUUAAGAAUUUAACAAGUAGUUUGACAAUAUUAUUGCACUUAUUGGAUUGGGACUUAGAUUUGUCAAUAUGUACUAAUACCUAAGAAUAAUAUUUUGCACUAUGGCCCGGCGAUAAAUUUAUAGACUAUAAACCAUAAAUAAGACCAUGGUACCUAUCACAUUUAAGGUAAAUGUAAACGAAUCCGAAUCAAGAAGUAUUUUUUAGUGAUCCAUUUGUAUUUUGGACUUGGAAUGUCGUGAUGAUUAGUCAAACUCUUACACUGAAAUCUUAAAGUGGUGAAUUUUAAGGGAUAGCAGCAACAGAUUUGAACUUGACUCUUUUCUAAAAUCUGAAUAAUCUCUAUAAACAAUCAAACCGGCUGUUUACUUUAAGCGAUGGUAAGAUUUUGAUAUCAAAUACUAAUUUCACCUUUGGUAAUUACAUUUACAAUGAAUCAACUAUUGGGUUAAAUUACGAGGACUUCAUUCACAUUUAACGCUAUCUACAGAAUGAAAGCUACACUAGCAAUUGCCUCAAACUUAAUUAAUAUCUUGGAUAUGAUAUUUUUUGUAGGUACAAUUAGGUUUUCUAGUAGGAUUAAGUAAUAUUUGCUAAAAAUUUAGGGAUAUCAAACUUAAAUUUAAUAAUGUAAAUUUAAAUAUUGAUGUAGCAUAUUUGA